CGCUGGGCUAGUUGGUUGGGGUCCCUUGUCAAGUAAUGUCAAGUGCUACCGAUAUUUGUUAUGUUUCAGUUUUUUUAACGCAAGUUCUCUGUGAGUAGUUCAUGCAAUAUUGUAAUUGAACCCGUGUUUGUGUCGUAGACGAACUGUUGAGUUAUUUGGCAACAUGGCAACAAGGCAAGCAAUGCAAGCGAAUCACAGUUUACUUAGGACAAUUACAAGACUUGUUCGAGAGCACAGCGGUCAGCCUAACUUAAUUUCUGCGAGAGUCCUCAGCCAUAGCUCAGGGGCAUCUUCGGUGGGGACAAAUCAGACAAGUGAUCGGAGAAAUGACAUCAGUUCAGCGACGAAACAAAGUUCGAGAAGCGACUGGGACGGUGGUUCAAACCGUCAAACUCUGCUCAGCUCUGUGGCACUUGGCCUUGGUUUCGCUGGUAGUGCCCUGUUAUAUCAUAAUCAGACUAAAGACGACGGUGACAAGAGACUUUCAGGACUCAAAGACUCGAUACUGAGAAGCUUUCUCCCCACGGCAUAUUGUGCCUCCCCCUACAAGCCCGACAGCCCCAGGUACAGGUACAACUUCAUCGCAGAUGUCGUGGAAAAGUCGACCCCUGCAGUUGUCUACAUUGAGAUUAUUGGAAGGCAUCCGUUCUCGGGCAGAGAAAUGCCCAUCUCAAACGGCUCCGGAUUUAUCAUCAGCAGUGACGGGCUCAUAGUCACAAAUGCCCACGUGGUGGCCAACAAGCGCGGUGUUCGGGUCAAGCUCACCAAUGGGGACUCCUACAAUGCGACGGUGCAGGACGUGGACCAGGUGGCAGACAUUGCCACCAUUAAAAUUAAUGCCAGGCAUCCUUUGCCAACGCUGCGACUGGGAAAGUCAUCAGAUGUGCGCCAGGGCGAGUUUGUGGUGGCCAUGGGGAGCCCCUUCGCCUUGCGGAACACCAUUACCUCAGGGAUCGUCAGCUCCGUCCAGAGAGGAAGCAAGGAGCUUGGCCUGUCCAAUAACAACAUGGAUUACAUUCAGACAGACGCAGCAAUUGAUUUCGGAAACUCUGGUGGCCCCCUAAUCAACCUGGAUGGUGAGGUCAUCGGGGUCAACACCAUGAAGGUCACAGCUGGCAUUUCAUUUGCCAUUCCUUCUGACAGAGUUGAGCUUUUCCUGAACCGUGCUGCGGACAAUCAGAAGUCGUGGUUUGGUGAAUCAGGAGGAAAACGUAGAUACAUUGGAGUGAUGAUGCUCACUCUUACACCCAGUAUCAUCAAUGAACUGAAGAUGCGUGAUCCCUCCUUCCCUGAUGUCACUCAUGGAAUCCUCAUCCACCGUGUCAUCAUAGGCUCUCCAGCCAAUCGAGCUGGCAUGAAACCAGGAGACGUUAUCAUAGAGAUCAACGGAACCAAAGUGAACACGUCGGAGGAGAUCUACAAUGCUGUGAGGACCAAAGACUCCAUCAAUGUGGUCCUCAAGAGAGGCGACGACCUGCUCAUGCUGCAUAUGACCCCCGAGUACACGGAGUGAUCUUCUCAACAUACGUCAUCCUGCAUUAAGAGCGAAAAAGAUUGAACCAUAAACAAUAUGGCUGAACAACUAAGAAGAAACAAAAGCAGUAGAGAGACUGGUAAAGAAGAAGUAGGACUGCAAGAAGUGCUAAAAAAGAAGAUGCCUCAAAAAAGGUGUUUUGAAAGUAGGGAAUGAAGAGUUAAAGCAUUAUGUUUUUUUUUGUGGUCUGCAGAAGAGGCCACAGUGGUGCUUAAGUCUGUAAAGCUUUAUCUAAUGGAAGAGGGUGGAUAGGAGAGAGGUGAAGAACAAUAAGAAAGUACUGGAGGAAGUCAUGUGAUAGGCCUCACUGAACAGUGUACUCAAAACCACGUUUGUUUACUAUCUUUCAUGUCAGAACUGAAAUCCAUACAGUAUUUGUGCUGAAGGAGCAUACAAAUAUUUAUGACGAUAUUGAAUUUGUGGGUCAGUAUGUCUGAUACCGAGGGAGACUUUUCUAUGUAGUCUUUUAUAUUCUUACGUUUGGCUCUGUGGAUGCUAGUUGUCUGGAAGUGGCAUAGGUGUGCAAUGGAACGGAUAAGACACUUUAAACUGUGACUUAAUGUAAGAAUAUUAUUUAAUAUUCUUAAAUGAAAUAUAAUGUAAGAUAGUAUGAUUUAAUAUCAUAAGUAUGGAGUCAGCCUUAUUUCUCAUAACCACUGGAUUCACAAAAAUGUUCAAUAAAUAAUUGAAAAAUAGAUGUUUGACUGUCUGGUUUUGUCUCUGCUGUUGACAAAGCCCUCAGGGGGAACAGUUCAGACAGAAGUUUCUCAUCAAAAACCGAAAUGCUGGAAAGCGUAACGGCACAAUUCAGUCUUAAAGAUGCAGUUCUCUAUUCCGGUGAAGGGCUGUUGAUAUUUGAGUUCAACAGACAAUGUCAAAUAGGCACAGGAGAGAUGUUGAAUUCCUGGUGCUGUAGUGGGGGAUUUCACACAGCGGCCAGUCAACAACAAGUCCAUUUACCAUCAAAAACAAAAUCACUAGAAAAUCAACUUUUGUGAGCAAAAACAAACAAACAAAAGAUGCCCCUUUCCUUCAUACAGCCUGAAUUUGUUAGCGGCUCCAUCCAAGCUGGUGUGUUUGUUUGCCAGUUUGCCAGUAAAAUGACAGUAUAAACACUGGACACAUUUUGUAGCACACACACAACACAAGGAGCUAGAGGACAGUGUGGAGCAAUUGACUGAACUGAACUGGAAGUGCAGUGAAUUUGGAAUCAUAGACAGUGCCUGAAUAUGUAACGGAUUAAAUUAGUCUUCAGCAGUACUCUUGUUUCCAACUAUUACCAGGGUUUUUUGUUUAGCAAGAAAAAACGAUAAUUCAUAUAACUUGUAAGCUGAUGAAAAUAAAACGGCAUGUGUAAACAACUGUAACUUUUUUAUUAUACCUU